AUGGACUCACAGGAUGUCACCUUUCGGGAUGUCGGGGAGCAGCUUUUUGACAUCAUGCCCGACGAUUCGAAAGGGAAAGGAUUCCCUGAAAUAUCCGCCAAACUCUCUGCCUUGCCGAAGAAAUCGUUAUUCGAGCGUCAGAAAGCUGAAGCCGAAGCCAAACGCGCCCGGGAGAAGGCCGAAACUGCGGCAGUCUACGAGGACUUUGUUAAAUCUUUCGAGGACGACACACCUACCGGACCAAGAACUUUCGAUACACGGCCAAGUUCAUUUGUAACCCGGGGUGGUGGGUUGGGAGGAGGACCACCGCGACGACAUUUCACAAGCUCCGGCCCCCGCGCCAGCGGCCCAGGUACACUAGGGCUGCCCCCAUCCUCGUUGCCUGGUAAAAGGACACACGAUGGGCUAGCACCUCUGUUGCGCAAUCGUGACUCUGCACAAGGUGUCCUGGCAUUCGAUCAGACAACCACCGGUCCUCCAGCUGGAUUCAACAGCCUAUCGGACGAUGACGAUUACCGAAAAGCCGAUAUUAAAGGUGCCGAAAGAGCAGCUGCGAAGCCGACAUUGCAGCUAGCAUUAUUACCCCCCGGAACAUCCCCGUCAGUGGUCAAGGCAUUGAUACCGUCUCCUCUGGUAGUUGAUAACGUGCACAUUACACGCCCAUCCAGUCAAACCGCCACAGAACGAAAAUCAUCGGCGGCUAUUGUUACCCUUGCGAGCGAUACUGCAGCUUCUGAUAUUGACAACGCUGUUAGUGCGCUUCAAAAUAAGUACCUAGGUCGAGGAUACUAUCUAUCUUUGUCUCGCCACCUCUCCUCUGCAACGAUCACUUCGAAUAUUUCAACGGGACUUGGCUCCUCCACCGCCAGCUUACUUCCAUUUGGCGCAAAGAAUUCUCAACCAAUACACGGGGGUCGCCUAAAUCGUGCUCCGCCACCAGGGUCUCACCGCGGAGGCUUCGCACCUCCAAGUUCUUACGGGCCAAAUAUUGGAAGAGGUGCAACUUCCACGCAGGUGGAAGUUAAGGCACCGUUGGAUGUUAAACAGCUCAGGCUAAUUCAUAAGACGCUGGAGUCCCUUCUGCAAUACGGCCCCGAAUUUGAGGCCUUACUUAUGAGUCGACCCGAAGUGCAAAGAGACGAAAAAUGGGCUUGGAUCUGGGACGCACGAAGCCCAGGUGGUGUAUACUACCGCUGGAAGCUAUGGCAGAUUGUCACGCAACCUCAAUCUGGCCGCAAGAUUGAUAAGCCUGCUUCGAUCUUCGAGGGCGGGGCAAACUGGCAGCCACCUGAUUCUCGCAUUAAAUUUGAAUAUGCUACGCAUCUGGAUGAAUUUAUUUCCGAUGAGGACUAUAAUUCAUCAGAUGAAGAGCAUUCGGACAAUGAAGAUGACAGACGGAAUCAUGGCGGGGCCCCACCUUCAGAAGGAAUCAUUGGCCAACAAGACGGCCUGGGCUACAUGAACCCUAUGAAAAAGGCCAAGCUUACUCAUCUUUUGGCCCGAUUACCAACGACUCAUGCUAAGCUUCGCCGAGGCGAUGUCGCCCGAAUCACCUCAUUUGCAAUUGAACACGCUGGCGCUGGCGCAGACGAGGUUGUGGAUAUGAUUGUCUUAAACAUUUUGAGCCCGCUGGCAUACACUGGAGCCAAUCCUGACCGGGAACUAGAGAAGGCUGCAGCGGAUCCAGAGAAUGACAACAAAGAUGGUGCAAAUGCUUUGUCUCAGAAAAAAUUGGAUUUGUCCUCUGCUAAACUCGUUGGGCUCUAUAUUGUUUCCGAUAUUCUUUCUUCGUCAGCAACCAGCGGCAUACGACAUGCAUGGCGAUAUCGACAAUUAUUUGAGUCUUCUCUUCGCUCUCAUAAGGUUUUCGAGCACCUCGGCCGACUCGAGAAAGACCUCAACUGGGGCAGACUCAAGGCCGAGAAAUGGAAACGCAGCGUUGGCACUCUUUUACAUCUGUGGGAAGGAUGGUGUGUCUUUCCACAAGACAGCCAUGGCCACUUUGUUCAAAUGUUCGAACAACCACCACUGACUGAGGAGGAGCAAAAGAAGGAGAAGGAGAAAGCCGAAGCAGAACAGGCCACGAACACAUUCCUUAAAGGGAAGAGUGGCUGGAAAGCUCUGGAUGAAGAUCCUGUACCUGAAAAUCCAGAUCUGGCUCAUCCCAUUGCAGCCGAGAGCCAAGAUCCCAAGUUUGCCAAUAUCAAUGUCCCAGAAGAUGAAUCCAUGAGUGAUAUUGAUGGAGUCCCCAUGGAAGAUAGUGACCUUGAGGACACUGGGGAUCAUGAGCCCAUGCAACAAGACAAAUCAGAAUUAGGCGAGGAGAAUGCUUCAACUAAAGCAUUUGCACAAUCUAGGCCAGAGCCUGAAGAACCAGAAUCUGUAUCCCGACGUCCUCGAAAGCCACGCCCCAAAGCCGAAGACAUGUUUGCGGAGGACUCGGAAUAG